CUGCUGUGUGUUGCCAAGGAUUUCCAUGGCAACACAACAAAACCUUCUUUUUUUUUCAUUAUUUUGUGCUCUCCACACGAUUACCCCAAAGAUCCAGCCCAUUUCACCCAUGAAUAGACUUUCACGACUCUUGUCGACGUCAACAGAAAACAAGGAGACUGGAGAGCUUGUUCGAUCUAUUGAACAAGCUACAGAUGCAAAAUCAGAACAAGAGGACUGGCGGUUGUUCAUUCACGUAUGCAACGCAGUGAUUCGUAUGCCAAGUGGGCCGAAAACCGCGCGAAAAGUGCUCCAGCAAAGGCUGGCGGUUACCAAAGAACCGCAAGCACAUGUGUUAGCACUCUCUGUGUGUGUCUUUCUCGUAGCACAACAUUCAACAAUGAAAACUCCAUUUCCCUUUUUUCUCGUACUACCUUACGAUCACGAAAAGACUCAUUCCAAGUUUCUUUUCUAUUUUGCAAUAUACAAGCUAUUACGCGCGAUUUCAGAAAAUUGUGUCGAAUUCGAUGCUCAAUUGCAAGACAAGGGCUUACUCAGAGAUCUGAAUACCUUGUGGAACGAUCCAAGCACACAUAUCAAAGUACGACAGAAAAUGACAGAAUGUAUCCAGCUGUGGAUAACUCAGUAUCAAAACAAUCCAGCCAUGCAAAACUUGAUUCAAUUUUGCGCCACAGCAACAUCGUCGUCGUCGUGUAGUGGCAGUCCUGGUAGAGCUGCGCCUCCUAAAGGUGUUGUCGCCAAUAAUAGUGCUGCUGUGGCGGCUGCUGCUGCUGCUGCUCGUGCUCAUGACGGAAAGCAUCGAGAACAGCAGCAGCGUCGAUUAGUGUUCCGAUGGCGAACAACAAAGGGAGUGCGUCAAAAGGAGGAAAAGAACAACAUUGAAGGAAGAAGAAGAAGUGUGGAUUUCUACAAGGAGCAGCAAGAAGAUCGGAUGGAGGUACAGCAGCCGAUCAUCGAAGAAGCCAAAACAACUGCCGAGUGUCUCUCCCAGUUAUUACUAACCAAUGGUAAAUCACGACAGGAUGAUGAGCUAAUCCAGGAGAUCUAUCGAAAGUGCAAAGAUCUGCAUGCGACCAUCAUGCGUUCUAUUGAGGAAUCGCACACGCCUGUACAAAUAUCAUCACUGAUCGACGCGAAUGGUGUGUUGGUUCAAGCUCUGGAGACGUAUCAUGCUGUGACGCAAUCGGACCUGAUGCGCGUCACGACGGACCACCACUGCACUCCAAGCAGCAACAACAACAACAACAAGAAGAACACUGAUGGUAGUAGUCCAGUGACGAUGCUGAGCGACAAGGCACUCGGGUAAGACCACAGACUGAAGGGUUGGGGAAGAAGGAUGAUGAAGGCGAAAGAGACGCACGAUCAGUGAUCGACUUUCCUUUCCGUGCCAUGCUUACGACGGAUUUAGGAAGCGGCCCGUCCGUCGUGGAGGUGGUGGUGGAGAGCACAAGAGCAGGGAUGAGGAUGACGAUCGGCUGCGGGUGUAACCAGAUUAAUGACCAUUAUUUCUAUAUAUAAAAAAUAUCUCAAAAAAGUAUCACCACUGCAGCAGCAGCAGCAGCAGCAGGU